UAACGGGAGGAGCUGGAAGAAGCUGCUGGCUGAGCCAAACAUCAGGGUUGUUAUCCGUUGACCCUCAGGAAGAUGGCGGCCGCUUCCUCCUCCUCCUCCUCCUGCAAUGCAGAAGAAGACGAGAGCUUGAAAGGAUGUGAGCUCUACGUUCAGAAGCACAACAUUCAGCAAAUCCUGAAGGAGUGUAUUGUGAACCUCUGCAUUGCUAAACCCGACCGGCCGAUGAAGUUCUUGAGGGAACAUUUUGAGAAACUGGAAAAGGAAGAAAGCAAACAGAUCCAGGCUUGGCAGAAAUCCAGCUCUCAGUCAGAUUCUCAUGAUGAUGAGGUUUCUCCUCCGCCACCCAAUCCAGUGGUCAAAGCCCGACAUCGAAGGGGAGGGGUCAGUGCUGAGGUCUACACAGAAGAAGACGCAGUGUCUUAUGUCCGGAAGGUUAUUCCAAAGGACUAUAAGACUAUGACAGCUUUAGCUAAGGCCAUCUCCAAGAACGUCCUCUUCGCUCACCUUGAUGACAAUGAGAGAAGCACACUGGGCCUUUUUGUGGAGGUGACCUUUUCCCUCUUUGAUAGCCACGGAGACUCCAAAAUUGGCAUUUUCAUCUGGGAAGUGUACGUGAACGGAGAAUUGGUCACCAGCAUCGGAGAAGGAGGCAGCUUUGGAGAACUGGCUCUCAUUUAUGGCACACCACGAGCUGCGACCGUCAAAGCAAAGACGGAUCUGAAACUCUGGGGGAUUGACCGCGAUAGCUACAGACGCAUCUUGAUGGGCAGCACGUUGAGGAAACGGAAAAUGUACGAGGAAUUUCUGAGCAAGGUUUCCAUUUUGGGAUCGCUGGACAAAUGGGAGCGCCUGACGGUGGCCGAUGCGCUCGAGACGGUCCAGUUUGAGGAUGGACAGAAAAUCGUGGUCCAGGGGGAGCCAGGGGAUGACUUUUUCAUCAUCACAGAGGGCACAGCUUCUGUCCUCCAGCGUAGGUCUGACAAAGAGGAAUAUGUAGAAGUCGGACGCCUGGGGCCAUCUGAUUAUUUUGGGGAAAUCGCCCUCUUGCUCAACAGGCCCAGGGCUGCUACGGUGGUGGCCCGCGGGCCCUUGAAGUGUGUGAAGCUGGAUCGCCCACGCUUCGAACGAGUCCUCGGCCCUUGCUCCGAGAUCCUCAAGAGGAAUAUUCAAAGAUACAACAGUUUCAUCUCCCUCACUGUCUAA